AUGCUCGUCUUGAUACGUACCAUCCUGAGUUCAAUCCUAUUGUCACUGGCCAUCGCUCAUAGCAACUCCUCCCCAACCCUCACCGGAACCGUCGAAACUCUCACCACCUCCCGCCGACCACUUCUACUCCCAACAGCCACCUACACAUCACACGAACCGAUUUCAGAGACCUCAGAACAGCGAUCGGUCACGACACCAGCUCGCAUUGCUCCCAUUUCAAUCGCAGGUUCAAGUCCCUGGCUUCACCCACUGGCUCUCGUCCUUCUCCUACUGGCCUUUUUAGGCUUCAUCAGUACUCUCGACGCACUCCCUUUCCAGAUCAUGCCCUCGUCUUCAUCAGCUCCCAAACCAUCCUCGUCAUCUUCUUCCUCCAAGGAGAGACCAUCCUCCUCCAAGGAUCGCCCAACGUCUUCAUCGUCCUCCUCAUCGAGACCCUCGAGCAGCUCUUCCUCUUCUAGCUCCAGUGCCAAGCCGCCUCAAGCUACUCCUUACAUCACUGCCAAUGCUUGGAUGAGCUUUUUCUUAUUCGUCUGCUUGGUUUUGAUCAUCCUCCAAGGUCCUCUGGGUCUCACAGGGGGAUCAGGUCUGGGAAACUUUUGGCCAGGCUCACCCAGUUGGUGUGCUGGGAAUCUCGGAGCAUCGGUCCCGUGGUGUCAGACAUACCCCCCAUAUCCACCAGCUGCAGGAUACGUCGCUCCCCUUGGGAAGGCAAUACCUAUGGUGGGAAGCCCCCUAUCCCCUCCGAUAGCUGUGACACCUGUCAUCCAGGUCCAGCAAGCCCAGGCGCCUCAGGUCAUUGUACAUGAUCAACAGCAGCAGAUGCCACAAGUGGGUGGUCAAGGGAUCAUCGCGACCCCAGGAGGUGAGGGUGGGUAUUCCUGGUAUGCGAACCCUCCUCAAACACCUCGUCAAGCCCGGGUCCGACCUCAAGGGGUAAACGUGCAGUAUCAGCGACCCGGUCUCCAAAUCCAGGUAUCGAAUGGAGAAUCAAAGCCGGUCCAGCAGAUACAGCACCAAAAUGGCGCCACCGUCCCGCUCAUGCCAGUCGCUGUAGCUGCUGCCCCCGCUGUCGCCCCGGCCGUCCCAGCCGUGCCCGUCUCCCCAGGUAGCCCUCCAGCUGCACUCGGGAACGUUGAGAAUGCCUUUUAUCCUCUGCUUGUCGGCGCCAUCGCCUUGCUGGUGAUCUUUGACUAUGCCUCGUGA